AUGAUCUUCGGUCUGCUCAUCACAGAGUUCUUCUUCCUCGAUUCUCCAAUAGCAAUUCCAAAAAUUCCAGACAUAAUGCUACUCAUGCUGCCUUGCACAUUCCCACACCACCAUCAUGAUCUCCAACUCCUCCAGCACCUCAUCCACCUAAGCGAACAGGAAACCCUCGCUUUGCUAAUGCAUAUACCGAUGAGGAUGAUAGCUUCUACAUCAGAUCAAUUCAAUGGUAAAAUUGCAAAGAAGGCACCUCACCAUUCUCUUGACUCAUGGAAAUCAUAUUACAAGCGUCGUGCCAAUCUUGUGGAUACAAUCUUUGCUAAGGCACAAGAAUAUGUCAACGUUAUCCCUACUGCAGAACAGGGUUCAAAGCAUGUUCCUGCUGGAAGUAGUCCACUUACCUCAUCCAGCAAUGAGGACAAUGAUGACUCGGACUCCAAUCUGUCCAGUAUUCCAGGUGAUGAACCCAGAACUGAGGAUGAUGCUCGCAACAUGGGUGAAACCGGUGGACCCUACACUGAUGCUGAUCUUCGUAUUGUUGCCAAAUUUAUUGCAUUAACUUCAGACUGGGAUGAGAGGUUGCGGCAUGAGAAAUGGGAACCUUUUCAGGACAAGUACCCUGGGAGAGGAUAUAGGUCAUGGGCCGAGUUUUAUCGCCGACAAGCUCCAGCUAUUGACAGGCUCGUGCGGAAGUAUAAGCGCAGGGAUCAGAGGAAUGCGGCCGCGAAGAAUGCAACAAAUCCUACCAUAGUGGAACCCGCAGAGAACCAGAUAACGAUGAACCCUCUGAAGCGCAAGGCUGACUUGCAGCCCCAUGGGAUAGAUCCUUCCGCUGUUAGCGCGAAACGUCGGCACACUGCUCCGAAUCCUGGUGCUCGACAGAAACCAUUGAACACAUCUACCGGCUUGACCAGUCAGGUCGCAUCUUCCAAGGGUAAGGAGCGUGCGGUGGAGGUGGAGGUGGAUGUGAUCGAUCUCACCAUUCUCGACGAGGAUUUUAAAGAAGAAGAUUUCUAG